AUGCUAAUCUUCUCCGUAUUCAAGACUCUGACCGACCAGCAGGUCACUGUGGAGCUUAAAAAUGACCUCUCAAUCACUGGUGUUCUGAAAUCGGUCGACCAGUUCCUGAACAUCCGACUUGAUAAUAUCAAAGUGGCGGAUGAGAACAGACAUCCACACAUGAUGGCAGUAAAGAACUGUUUCAUUCGCGGAUCUGUCGUCCGAUAUGUCCAGCUUCCACCGGAGCACGUCGAUACCCAGCUUCUAGAAGACGCGACGCGUAGAGAACAAAAGACAGUAGACGUCGAUCUAUCCCUUUACUUCUUUAUCGCAAGAAUGUACAUUAUAUUCACUUCACGACAGAUGAUCUAUUUACACAAGCAACUCUCCAAUCUAUACGGUCAAGUUGACGCGAGUGAGGUCGGAUUUUUGGAUGAAUGA